UUUUUAAUUUAUAAAUAGCGGCUGAAAAUAGUUUUAUUAUUAUAAAUUAUCAACAAUACCCAGAAACACCACCGAUAACCGUCGUCACUCGUGACUCGUCAGUCGUACGUUAAUUAUUAUUUUUCUACAGCAGAUAUAACAGUAAAUGUGUUUUUUUGAUUGUGGACGAAUGUUCACAUUUCUCGUGACUCUUGUUUUCUACUUGCAAUAGUACGACAAUACAGCAGUAGAUACAUGAUACAUGCAUCACGUAUCCAGCUGAUUAGUAUCCUGUCAUCGUUUUUAGAUCGUUUUAAGACUUAAAGUGUAUCAUGGCAACUAGAAAGAUUAAAGUUAGUUGGGUUAUUGUGGUAUUUGUGGAUUCGAAGGAUUACAGUGUAGUACCAACAAAGUGGCUAGUUCAAAAUGACACAAAUAAUCUAGAAAAUAGUAAUGUAAGGUUAUGUAAAUGGCCACUUGGUCGAGUAACCAGUACUGACAUUCAUGACGCCCUAGAUCCAGAUCCAACUUGGUUUGAGUAUGGUAUUAAAAUAGUUGGUGGCAAUAAAACAUAUGAUAAUUUUAAAAAAGCUUGGCAUGUAAGAGUUGAAAAAGAAUCGGAAAAUGAGGAGGUUCAUUUGAUGACCAAAUGUAAACGUGCAUCAACGAUAUUUGAUGUAUCAAGCAGUAGUAAUUAAAUUAUCAAAUAGUAA